AUGGCCUCGAAGUUUCUCCGAGAAUACAAGCUGGUCGUAGUCGGUGGCGGUGGUGUCGGAAAGUCGUGUUUGACCAUCCAGCUGAUCCAGAGCCACUUUGUCGACGAGUAUGACCCGACGAUUGAAGACUCGUACCGCAAGCAGUGUGUCAUCGACGACGAGGUUGCGCUGCUCGAUGUGCUCGACACGGCCGGACAGGAGGAGUACUCGGCCAUGCGCGAGCAGUACAUGCGCACAGGAGAGGGCUUCCUGCUCGUCUACUCGAUAACGGACCGCCAGAGCUUCGAGGAAAUCAUGACAUUCCAACAGCAAAUCCUCAGAGUCAAGGACAAGGACUAUUUCCCCAUGAUCGUCGUGGGCAACAAGUGCGAUCUCGACGGCGAGAGGCAAGUCUCAACACAAGAGGGCCAAACCCUGGCGCGGAACUUUGGCUGCAAGUUCAUCGAGACAUCGGCCAAAUCACGCAUCAACGUGGAUAACGCCUUCUACGACAUUGUACGAGAAAUCCGCAGAUACAACAAGGAAAUGUCAUCAUACACGGGCCCUGGCUCAAACGGCAACGGCCCUCAGAAGACGACGUUUGACACGGACGACCAGGCGGAGAAGAAGGGCUGCUGCUGCGCCGUCAUGUAA